UUAAACAAAAUACCAUUGAGCAUGUUACUAUUGUGCAUAUGGAUGUAUUGUGUGUUUUUAAAUCAUGACUAAAAAGAGGAAAGAUAGAAAUUCUAGUGGAAAUAAUUCAAACAAAAGCAAAUCAUCAAAACCGAGAGGCCCGUCCGAGGAACAUGAAAAUAGUUUUUCAGUGAGUGAAGUAUUGGGAAGGGCUAGUGCUGUACUAUUUCAAGAUACUAACGAAUCUGCAUACGACGAUACAACUGAAGUUUUUGCUACAUCUACAAAAAUCGAAUCUGAUAGUUCAUUCAAAAUGGCGGAAGGCGGCCGUGAGCCGACUAACAAGGACCUACUGGACUGUAUGAAGAAAAUGGGUGAGAAGCUUUGUGUAAUGGAAAAGAAACUCAAUUCAAUCGAGGCCCUCGAGCGCAAGGUAACAGACUUUGAGAAAGAUUUACGUAAAUUGUGGAUUGCUCUAGAGGACCGUGUUAAACGUACCGACGAUCGGGUUAAUAAACUUGAGGACAAGGUGGAAUCGGCGGAUGUUGAUGCAAGUGUGAUGGCUGAGAGGGUGACUAUGCUAGAAAGACAGCGGGAGGAGCUACGGGAUGACAUAGCGUACCUCAAAUCUCAGUCAAUGAGGAACAAUUUAGUUUUCACUAACAUCCCUGAAGACAACGCGACUGGAAGCGAACCUGCCGAUGUCACCGAAGCAAAGCUACGGAACCAUCUUCAUGAGACGCUCAAAAUCGCAAAGGAUAGAUAG